UCGAAGUCAAUACUCAAUGUGUUAUUGGACCAGAAUAUUUGAGAAGCAGCAAUCGCGUAUUUACCAUAAAAACUGGCAAUGAUUUUAAGAUGCUACGGACUAACGAAGUGCCUGUUGGAACCACAUUGAGAAUCUUUUGUUCUCCCACUGAUUUUGUGGACACCACUUGCACUCGCUCACAAGCAUCCAGUACAAUGAUGCAGGCCAACAAAAAGCAAAAGGCUAAUAAUGAUCAAGCUAUAGUGUUUAAACCUGAUUUACAGAGACAAAGUUGCGAUGGGGCCUCAAACGCUGAAUGUGAUCCCGAAGCUGAUGAAUUUGAUACUGAAUUGCCGACUUCGAAGCCAAAAAAGGUAUUCAGAUCGACUCAUAUGGAAAUCAAAGACGAUUCUUGCCCUGAACCAGCAAAAAUGUUUCUUGUUGGAUUCAAGUUGAAUAAAGAUCAGUUUCUUGAGGUAUACAGAACCUGCUAUGAUGCAAGUUCUCAAGCAGCAUUAUUUUCAAUUCAUGAAAUUGAACCAUUUAGCGCAACUGCUAAUCGUAAGGGGGAAUGGACUAAGCCAAGAGUUGUACUUACUAACAGAUUGUUCAAGGCCGAGGAAAUAUGGAAAACUUUUAAAAACCUUUUUGGUGAUGAUCAGACAUACGUACCAGAACCUAAAAACCAAGAUAAUGGCGAAAGUAAGGACGAUGGCGAAAAGAAGGAUGAUGUGGAAACGAAGGAUGAUGAAAAAAAAGGAGAACUGAACUACACAUUUGCACGUGGCCAUUUGGCGCCAUCAGCUGACUUCGUUUUCUGUAGUCAAAAGAGAGCUUCCUUCAAGCUUUAUAAUGCAGUUCCACAAUAUGCCACAGUUAAUAGUGGCAAUUGGUUUCAUUCUGUUGAAAAAUGGGUUCGCGACAGUACGCUGUCCUAUGGAAAACUCACGAUAGACUCUGCAAGAUGGACAAGAUUAGUAAAUCAGUCGUCGAUCAGCCUCACUCAAAGUCGCAAGAUGCUUAAGAAGCUUAGCAUAUUUUUCAUGUUGCUUAUUUUCGAAGUCAAUACUCAAUGUGUUAUUGGACCCGAAUAUUUGAAAAGCAGCAAUCGCGUAUUUACCAUAAAAACUGGCAAUGAUUUUAAGAUGCUACGGACUAACGAAGUGCCUGUUGGAACCACAUUGAGAAUCUUUUGUUCUCCCACCGAUUUCGUUGACACCACUUGCACCAGUACAAUGAUGCAGGCCAACAAAAAGCAAAAGGCUAAUAAUGGUCAAGUUGCAGUGUUCAAUCCAGCAUUACAGAGACAAAGUUGCGAUGGGACCUCAAACGCUGAAUGUGAUCCCGAAGCUGAUGAAUUUGAUACUGAAUUGCCGAAUUUUAAGACAAAAAAGAUAUUCAGAUCGAGUCAUAAGGAAAUCGAAGAUGAUUCUUGUCCUGAACCAGCAAAAAUGUUACUUGUUGGAUUCAAGUUGAAUGAAAAUAAGUUUGUUGAGGUAUACAGAACCUGCUAUGACCAAAUUUCUCAAACAGCGUUAUUUUCAAUUCAUGAAAUUGAACCGAGGAGCGCAACUGCUCCUCGUAAGGGGAAAUGGGCUACAACAAACGUUGUAAUUACUGGAAGAGUGUGGAAGCCCGAGGAAAUAUAUUUAACAUUUAAAAAUCUUUUGGGUAACGAUCAGUCAUACGUACGAGAUCCUAGAACGAUAACGGAAGGAAUUAAAUACGUAUUUGCACGUGGCCAUUUGGCGCCAGUAGCUGACUUCGUUUUCUGUAGUGAAAAGAGAGCCUCCUUCAAGCUUUUUAAUGCAGUACCCCAAUAUGCCAAAGUCAAUGGCGGCAAUUGGUUCAAUUCUGUUGAAAAAUGGGUACGCGAGAGUACACUAUUGUAUGGAAAACUUAAGGUUUGCACUGGGGGACUUGGAGUUUUGCAACUUGAGCACAGUGUUACGUCUACUAUGACUGACAUUUAUCUGGGUACAAAUGAACGUACUCCAAUACCUAAAUGGACUUACAAGAUUAUUAAAUCGUACACGAAUCCGAAAUUCCAUUUUGCUGUCGUCACCUUAAACAGUGUUUCAGAUGUGACAGUCACAUCGCCAUGUCCCUAUAGGCCACCAAGGUUUUGUCGUGGCCUGAAAAUCGAUAAUACUGUUCUAGAGUCUGGACAAACUUUCUGCUGCAGGGCCACAGAUUUUAUUGAGGAACAUGUUUCACAUUUGAGGGGAGUUUGCUAA